AUGGAGUAUGAGGAGAUAAAAGACCAUGUAAACAAAAUGAAAGCGAAGUGGGAAACCUAUGGUUGUACAAUCAUGUGUGAUGGAUGGACAGGUCCCACCAGGAUGUCUAUUAUUAAUUUCAUGGUUUACUCAAAAGGAAGCACAGUUUUUCUAAAAUCUAUUGAUGCUUCAAAUCAAACAAAGGAUCAUAAAUACAUAUAUGAGCAAUUGAAGAAAAUAAUUCUGAAAGUUGGGAAGAAAACUGUGGUACAAAUUGUAACAGACAAUGGCUCUGCAUUUGUUAAAGCUGGGAAGAAAUUAAUGGGAGAUUACAAUUUGUACUGGACUCCAUGUGCAGCACAUUGCAUUGAUCUCAUGUUUGAAGAUAUUGGGAAGAAUGAGAAUGUGGCUAUUGUGAUCAAGCAAGCUAGAGCAAUCACAACUUACAUUUACAAUCAUAAUUGGUUGCUAGCAAAAAUGUGUAAAACUUGCAAAGGUGACAUCAUUCGUUCGGGACUUACACGAUUUGCCACAAACUAUCUUGCGCUUGAUAGCUUGGUUAAAAAGAAAGCAGGACUUAAGCAACUAUUCACAUCUACUGAUUGGACUAAUCAUAAUUAUAGUGCUUCAAAAGAAGGCCAAACAGUGGAAAAUAUAAUACUUAAUCAUACUUUUUGGGAUCAAGCACAUAAGAUGUGUCAAUUAUUUGAGUCUUUAUAUAAGUUUUUACGUAUUGUUGACACCGAGGUUUAUCCAACAAUAGGAGCAAUGUAUGAGUUGAUGGGAAUUGUUAAAGAGAAACUUGACAAAAUGCAUGGUGCAAAGUGGAUAUUAAAAAUUAUCAAUAAUAGGUGGGAUAAAACCUUAAAGCAUCCAUUACAUGCAGCAGCUUACAUACUUCAAGGAUGCAAGGAAAGGAUUUGCAGACCAACAGCAAUUGCUUCUAGAAAAGAGAUGUCUCCUGUUGAAUGGUGGAUCAUGUAUGGUGAUAGUGCACCUACAGUAAAAAAAUUGGCAUUGAAAGUUUUGUCACAAACAGCAUCAUCCUCUACCUAUGAAAGAAAUUGGAGCACUUUGCACUAA